UAUAUCUUCCGUUAAUAUUUCACCUUCUCUGGUCUCACGCUUAUUUAUAUUCACAAAAGCAAGCAAAGAGCCCAAAAAAAAAAAAAAAAAGAAAAAAAAAAAAAGAGAGUUCGGUGCAAAACCACCAUUGCUUUCUGAAGUAUGUUUUUUUCUCCUAUUUUGCAUCUGGGUUUCUGAGAAAAUAUCAAAAUAAAAAGACGGAAUAAACUUAACCCGCUUAAUUCAACAGAAAGCUUUGAUUUUGAAGGUUAUUUUCGCGGUCCCAGAUGUCAAUUUUUACGUAAGAAAUUAUGCGGAUCAUACAAAGUAUUAAGUUACAGUCCCUUGUUCGGACCAUAACAGCUUUUGCAUCGAAUUUUAACAUACCAGUUACAUCGCUAACCUCCUCUCUGAGUUUAAAUUCGUACUGCCAAAGUAACGCCGCUGAGGAUGUUUACUCCAAGAACCGGAUAAUCGGUAGUCUGAUCAAAGCUGGGAAACUUAACUCUGCCUUCAACGUGUUCAAUGAAAUGCCAGUUUGCGAUAAUGUUACCUAUAACUUGCUAAUUUCUGGGCAUCGUCGAUAUGGGUUACCGGAACCGGCUCUUCUUCUCUAUGCUGAAAUGGUUUCACUGGGAAUUCCAGAGAGCGCCUCAACGUUUUCUUCUGUAUUGGGUAUUUGUAGUGAUGCAGGGUUUUAUAGAGAGGGAAUUCAAGUUCACUGCAGGAUCGUUUGCCUUGGAUUCAAGUUGAAUUUGUUUGUAGGAAGUUCGCUUAUUAAUCUUUAUAUGAAUAUGGGACUUGACAAUGUAGCUCUGAGGCUGUUUGAUGAGUUGCCAGAGCAAAGUUUAGAGACUUGGAAUUUGGUAUUUCGCCGGUUCUGCGAUGUGGUUCGUGUAGAAGAGCUACUUGGAUUUUACUCCAGAAUGAAGAUGAGUGGUUUGGAGCCAAAUGGGCUUACUUUCUGUUAUUUGAUUCGUGGAUGUAGUUGUGGCAGAUUAUUGGAUGAAGGAAAGCAGCUCCAUUGCCAUGCUUUUAAGUCCGGUUGGGUAGAGUUGAAUAUCUUCGUUGCCAAUGCUCUGGUCGAUUUGUACUCUGCCUGUCGAAGAUUGAUUGAUGCAAGAAAAGCAUUUGAACCUAUUCCAGCUGAGGAUGUAAUUUCAUGGAAUUCAAUCGUUUGGGUCCAUGCUGAAAGUGGGUUAUUGUUUGAUGCUCUUGGGUUAUUUGCUGGGAUGCAGUUUUGGGGGAAGAGACCAUCGAUCCGAUCAUUCGUGGGAUUGUUGAACGUAGCCAGUGGGACCAAAAAUAUUGAAUUUGGAAAGCAAAUACACACUUAUGCAGUUAAAUCGGGCUUUGAACAUGGGAGUGUUCAUGUUCAAUCUGCUUUGAUAAAUAUGUAUGGAAAAUGUGGUGACAUUCGAAGAGCUGUAGACAUAUAUGAAAGUGUUCAAGAUAGAACUUUGGAGUGUUGCAACUCAUUAAUGACCUCUUUAUUGCAUUGUGAUGCUAUUGAAGAUGUAGUAGAGAUGUUUGGUUUGAUGGUUGAUGAGCGAAUUGGACUUGAUGAAGUUACUCUUUCCACAACCCUUAAAGCUUUAGCAGUAUCUGCAUUGGCAAGCUUAGCCAGCUUCAAAUUGCUGCACUCUUUUGUAAUAAAAUUGGGUUUUGAAUCUGAUGUUGCAGUUUCGUGUUCAUUAAUUGAUGCAUAUUCAAGAUGUGGGAAUAAUGAAUUAUCACGCCAGGUUUUUGAGGAGAUUCCUUUACCAAAUGUCGUAUGUUUUACGUCCAUCAUCAAUGGUUAUGCCCAAAAUGGAAUGGGAAGUGAAAGUCUCGAUUUGUUUCAAGCUAUGAUCCAAAAGGGUCUGAAACCUGAUAAAGUUACAAUUUUGUGCGUGUUAACUGGGUGUAGCCAUUCGGGUUUGAUCACAGAAGGGAAAGUGUUGUUUGAUUCAAUGAAAACUUUGUAUGGGAUUUCCCCAGACCGACAGCAUUAUUCAUGUAUGGUUGAUCUAUUAGGCCGUGCGGGUUUGCUAGAUGAAGCUGUAGAGUUGCUGCAGCAGGCACCGGGAAAUGGUGACUGCAUGAUGUGGAGCUCACUGCUGCGAAGUUGUCAAGUAUACAAAAAUGAAAUACUGGGAAGAAAAGCAGCAAAAAUUUUGCUGGAGCUUGACCAAGAGAAUCCUGCAAUUUGUUUGCAAGUCUCGAACUUUUAUUCUGAAAUUGGGGAAUUUGACACAUCAUUGCAAAUUAGAGAGUAUGCGAUGGCACAGAAGGUUACAAGGGAGAUUGGUUACAGUUUGAUUGAGAUAGACAGUCCUCGUUAA